AUGGAGAGUGCAACCAAGCUGAAAGUACUUCCUCGGACCUUGCCUGUCCUAGUUGAGGUUUCUGAUGCAGACUUAGCUGUUAUAAGGGAAGCUAGUCAGAGGUUAAUGUCGGGUCAGGAUGUUUCAUGUGCGCGUGCGGUUUCAAAAGCACGGGAUCGCCCUACCACGCGUUUGGCCUCCAUCAGAGAAGCGGCGCAGCUAUCAAAUGGAAGAAUUGUUUUGGCAAGAGAAGAUAUGGAAUUCGAUAAACAAUCCUCUCGAGAGCCUGUCUCGGCUACGCCUACAGAUCACGAAGAACUCUUGCCUGAUGUUGAGACAUUGAAGAGGAGUACUGAUUCUUUUGGGGAAAAUGAUCCGAGCUCAUUUGCUGGUGCUAGUCAUCCCCAAGAGCCUGUCGAUACUGAUCUCAUGAGAGCGGUUUAUAUACCGAUAGGUCGAAAUAAAUCUGAAGCUGGAUUGUACAUGAAGGGUCCUUUCCUUGAAGAUCUUUCAAUUCGUAAUCUCACUAAGAAACCAAGCCUAGCUGUUGUUUCGCCUGCAGAAAGUACUCUUGAAGAAUCAAAUGACAUGGGGAAGUUAGCAUCACCGGGUUCAGGUGCUCCUGCGUUGCAGAAUAAAGGGAAUUCUCUACCUUGCCCAGAUUCUGAGGAGAACGAAUGUGUAUGGGAUUCUUCUUUACCUCCAAGUGGAAAUGCCAGUCCACAUAGUAGUAUUGAUAGUACUAGUGUUCUCAGAACAAUGAGCAUUGCUAAUAGUUGUGCGAGUACGUAUCGGAGCGAUGCAUUCACUAGUGAUGGCGUGAUUAGUGUAGACAGGAAUUGUGAUAGUAUUAAAGGAAGUGUAAGGGGGGAUUCACUCGAGAGUGCAAAAACUAGUGCUAGUCGAGCAAGUGAUAGCAGCGGCCUUAGUGAUGACAGCAACUGGAGUAACAUCACCGGUAGUGCUAGUAAACCACAUAAAGGAAAUGAUCCUAGGUGGAAGGCUAUCCUUGCUGUUCGAACACGGGAUAGAAUUUUGGGCAUGAGUCAUUUUAAGUUACUAAGACGACUUGGUUGUGGUGAUAUCGGAAGUGUGUAUCUCUCUGAGCUGAGUGCAACUCGGUGUUAUUUUGCAAUGAAAGUUAUGGACAAGGCAUCCCUGGCUGCCAGAAAGAAGCUGGUUAGGGCACAGACAGAAAGGGAGAUACUGCAGUUGCUCGACCAUCCAUUUCUGCCAACGUUGUACACACAUUUUGAGACUGACCGAUUCUCAUGUUUGGUAAUGGAAUACUGUCCGGGCGGUGAUUUGCAUAAUUUAAGGCAACGACAACCAGGGAAACAUUUCUCAGAGUAUGCUGCACGCUUUUAUGCUGCAGAGGUCCUGUUAGCAAUUGAAUAUCUUCACAUGCUUGGAGUUGUUUAUCGAGACCUUAAACCUGAAAAUGUACUUGUUCGAGAGGACGGUCACAUAAUGCUCUCAGACUUCGAUCUUUCUCUUAGAUGUAUUGUUUCACCUACUCUUAUCAGAACUCAUGACAGCGACCCUUCAAAAUGGGCAGCUGGUGGUGCAUUCUGUGUCCAGCCUGCUUGUAUUGAGCCUACAUCUGUAUGCAUCCAGCCUGUCUGUUUUAUGCCAAAGCUUUUUUCUCAGAAAAAUAAAAACUCGCGGAAGCCGAAAGCGGAUCCUGGCAUUACAACUAGCGCACUUCCAGAACUUCUUGCCGAGCCUACAUCGGCCCGGUCGAUGUCCUUCGUUGGCACACAUGAGUAUCUCGCCCCUGAAAUAAUCAAAGGAGAAGGUCAUGGAAGUGCAGUUGAUUGGUGGACAUUCGGCAUUUUCUUGCAUGAGUUAUUGUAUGGUAAAACCCCUUUCAAAGGAUCCGGAAACCGAGCUACGCUGUUCAAUGUAGUAGGGCAGCAGCUCAAGUUUCCUGAGUCGCCAGCUACUAGCUACGCCAGCCGUGAUCUAAUCCGAGGUUUGCUUGUGAAGGAGCCGCAGAAUCGUCUUGGAGUGAAGAGGGGUGCAACUGAGCUCAAACAGCAUCCUUUCUUUGAAGGCAUAAACUGGGCGUUGAUUCGGUGCAGCACGCCACCGGAAAUUCCAAGACCAAUGGAAAAUGAACUACCGGCAAAGUCUGAAGCAGUUUAUAAUAAUAAUACUGUUGGCGUUGGGAGCAAUAGUAAGAAAAUGGUUGGUGGUAAUACUGAAACGAAGCCCGGGGGUGGUAAAUAUCUUGACUUUGAGUUCUUUUAG